AGGGCGGGGAUUUGUACUUUAUACAGCUGUGUGGAUUAUUUUACGGUUAACGCUUGCACGUGGGAUUGGUCCCAGUUACACGGAAAUGACGCUCCGCGCUGGUGCGUCCAAUGUGACUUUCCGAGCUUGGCGGCGCUACUUCACCCUAUCAUCUGUUGACUCAGUUGUCGAACUAAUGCGAGAAGUAUUUUCUAGUUGUGGGGUAGUGCUUUCUGAUGAACAAAUGAGCAUGAAAUGUUUGAAAAACAAUACUAUCAACACUCUUAAAACAGCUGAUGGCGUUGAUUCCUCUUCCUCUGCUAAAGAGCCCAACUUGGCGUUUGUGUCUAUAGUAUUAGGUUACAUUGAAAAUCACCUCACUUGUAGUUUACCAGAAGAAUUUGACUCAUUAAAAUUAAAAAACGGCCUUCAUCACAAAGUCCUUCAACGGAGAAAAGAAUUGUCAUCUCAAAAUUAUUCUCGUUCACGUUCAUCUUCUUUUACAAAAUCACAAUCACCCCUUUCUGUUCAUCUCGAAACGUCAGAGGAACACUUGGAUAGUCCUAGUGAUAAUCGAGAGUUGGAUAGUAAAUCAAGUUCUUUAUCCGGAUCAUUAUCAUCAAGUUCAUUCGCACAAGAAAUUACUCAGAAUACUAGUCACACAAACGAAUCUCCUGUCUGUCGUCGUCGUCGUACUAGACAACUUGGUUCAUCUCGUCGCAUUCGUCAACGAAAUGAAUCAGGUGUAUCUGAUUCUACAGAAAGCACAAUAGAAUCGCUGCAUACUAAUACUCCUAAAGAUGAACCAUUACAAAUAAUAACAGACAUGCCUGUUCGAAAGCGACGUCGAUUCUCAGAUAGUACUUUACCAAAUUCAUCAUUUCCCUGUUUAACAUUCGAUGAACUCGAACGUUUGUAUCUGAAUUUCUACAAUCUUAUUACAACUUCUCCUAAAUUGAAACCUUUUGUUGAAACAUCGUGUCUCAAUAAUGGCACUGAGUUGAAAACACCGAAAUCUCAGUCAACUUCAACAACAAUAAAGAAGUAUGCAUCUCGUCCCCUAAUUUGUGCCAUAUGCGAAGUCCUGUGGAGUCAAAUGGCGGUGAGUCGUGUCAAAGAGCGAUUAACUCAUACACAAAGUGUAUAUUCUUUUCUAACAACGGGGAUCCUGGACAGUUUUGGUUUAGCGUAUACAGUUGUAGCCGCUUGUCAACUUCUUGGUUAUUCCGACGUUGACUUAGCAUUAUCCGAAGAUCAUGGCUGGGUUGAAUUCGGUCCACCAGAGUCCCGUCAAACAGCUGAUGUAGCUAGUUGGGUGCAAGAAUCUCAUACAUCCACAAAUUCACACAGUACAGAGGCCUUUUCAAGUCUACAUAAUGAUGUAUUACAACAGACGGAACACCUUAGAACCAGAAAAACACCUGUAGAAGACGAAUGUAAUCCGCCUCCUAUACGUAUCCCACCACUUGAACACUCUUGGCUUUAUGUAAACGGAUAUCCAGUGGUUUGUCGUCCACGUAUAAUGGCAGUAGCUGCUGCGAUUGCAGCAAUUCAACCAGGAGCCUCAAUUUCAGCUGUUACUCAUGCGCCGACCUCAGAACCUUUUGCUUAUGGAAUGCUUUCACCAAAUCCUUCAGUUUCCUCUGGUGGUGAUCUUAUUACACCUACUGGUCUAGUUAGGCAUUUAUCAUCUGCAUCGGUGAUUUCUAUGCAGCUGGUUACGUUAAAGCAUAGACUUUUAUGGUUAUGCUUCGAUGCUGGCUGUCUGUCACGUUAUCCUUUGGGAUUAACUAAUUUGGGUGAUUUAGAAGAUGCAUUUCCUACUAUGGGACGUCUCGCUACAUUUUUAAAUUCAUCCACGCUAAAUACACCAACAGAUUUGAAAUGCACCGAAAAUUCUAUAGAUCAGAAAAGGAAUUCUGAGAAUUCUCUUAAUCAUUCAAAAGUUUCAUCAGUUGUUAUGAAUUCACACUUUAAUUUAUCGUCGGAUAUAUCAUCAAAUUAUCAACUGCCGGAAACUGUUUCACUAGCUUUAGCGCUAUAUAACGGUGCUGUUGCAGUCAAUCAAUAUUAUUACGCCAACCAUCAUGUUUAUCCGUAUACAUGUUUAGCUGGAUGUCUGUAUAGGCACGGAGAUCACCGAGGUGCAUUACGUUAUUGGGCAGAGGCGACUAAAGUGAUUGGACACUACAAUCAUACAUCUGAAGAUUGGGAAAUUUAUCGCGAACUUUUGGAGGUUGCUACGCAUUCAAUGCCACAGAUGUUCCGAUUAGCCAGUGAAAAUUCACGUUAUUGUUCUGAAGGUCUAAUAGACACAGAUCCUGAUGGAUGUUUGUAUCAACCAGAUAAUAUUUUAGAUGAUCCACGCUGUCUUUCUUACCUAUUAUCAUUCUAUGAUCAUUUAUGUCUAUGGGAAGAAGGUUCACCUGUUCCAGUUUUACAUGUAGGUUGGGUUGAUAAAUUGAUGGUAAAUUUGACACGAUUUACUCAACGUGCUAGACGUCAUCUAUGCCUGUCUGUAGCAUCUGAUAAAGAGGAUAACCGAAGUGAUACUGUACACUCACCAUCGUUAACACAUUCAACUGGUCGAUCAAGUCGUUGGGCAACAGAAUCAACAGAUACAACAAGUGAAACAGGAGUUACUAGUAGUGUAAAGCGUACAACUCGUCGAAAUCGAUCCAAUCAAAUAGAAUCUACGCCUAAUUCAUCAUCUACUGUUGUCAGUGUUAAAGAUGAGCAAUUAAAAUCUAAUGAUGAUAAUGUAAAUAACAACAUUGAAUCAGUCAAUGGAAAUGUGAAGCACAAAUCAUCAGAUACUAUAACCCAAACUGUCAAAGGAUCUAAUUCUCGUUCAAUGCGAUCCAGUAAAGUCUGCAAUAAUAUCACAAUUGAAAUUCCCGAAGAAAGGUGUAACUCAAAUACUACAACACGUUCUAACGGUGAAUUGUAUUCACCUCAUGCAAAAUCUGCUCUUUCAUCAACUAAUACAAACUCUACGUUUGACGAUAUACAUUUUGAAGCAGAUCAGGCUUCAGCAGAUACUGAAGAACAAGAUGGAUCACCUUCACCAUUAGUAGAUUUUCCUAAUAAUGGUGAUCUAUUAGCAAGUCUAGUUGAAGCAUGUGAUCAUCGUCUGUUGAAUCCAGCCUUUCUAUGGGGUGUAGAUCCGCAUUCUCCGUUCCUACCAGCUAAUAUUGCUCCGGAAGAAGCCUUAAAUCGUUUGAUGACUGUUAUUGAAGGAAAUAAACCUGCCUCUGUAUUGCAGAAUUCAAGCACUAAAGCGGUUACUGCAGCAACGCCAACGAGGACUAUGGUUCAUAAUAUCUUUCCAACACCGCCGAAUUCAGGUAGUUUCACAGAAAUAAUGGGGACAGCAGUCAGUGAAGAAGCAAACACUAUUGAUGCUAUCACGGUUGUUCCAUUGUCACCGGCAAAAUUAUCCCAGACUACACAAAUAUCUUCGAACAGUGAAAAGUCAACUGAUCUUCAUUUUCCGCUUUCUAUUACAAAAAAUGAAUCAGACAGUUGUAUAUUGAAAACAACAGAAGAAGAGACAUUAUUCCCCGACAGUUUCGAUACUGUUGAUGGUAUUACUGCUGCUGCUGUUGCUGUUACAGCAGACGAUUUCGAUCUACUGGCUGACAUACCUAAUGAAUUAAUGGAUUCUGUUGCAAGUUUAGUUGUUGAAAAUCAAACUGUCUCACCGGCUUCUAAUAAUCCUGUAGACUUUUUCGAUUUAAUUUUAGAAUCUGAAAAUAAGCUACAUAAAACUAUCUGUAAUCAUCGUCAAGGCGAAAACGAAGAUAUAUUCAAUGAUAAUAAUAAUAUCAAUAAUAUUGAUAGUAAUAACAACAUCAGUAAUAGUAAUGAUAUCAAUAAUAAUAAUAAUAAUAGCAGUAGUCAAUCCCCCUCUCGUCCGUCUAGAAAUCAUAUCAAUAAAACAAUGGAAGAGUUAAGCGUUCCUUUAUCUUUGUAUUCAGUUAAAAUGGCAUCAAUCAUUGAAUUGUUACAAGCGCCACGAUUGAAUUCCUCCGCGAUUAAGCUAGCAUUAACAGCUCAGAGUCAAGUAUGCGUCCGUCGAUCUACUAUUAAUUCUGCAUACUUUUAAUUAUUACCCUCAUAUAUUAUAUAUAUAUGCAUAUUGUUCCGCAUAUACUCAUUUGUAUACACAAACAUACACUUAAUUGUAGUAGAUCAACAUUUUUGUUUAUCACUUUUCCAGAAUUAUUUUUGUUUUUGCUUACACAAUCGCACAAUCAGGUGCGGUAUUUCCUUUUCCAUCAUAGUUUAUCAUCCAAGUUUAUUGUUUAAGUUUUUUUUGUCAAUUUUGUUGUGUAUCAUGCAUCUGUUUUUUUUAGUUUUUGUACCACCCUGUUUUCCCCGUGUGUGUUUCUGUUUGUGUGUGUGUGUGUCAAUCUAUGGACGCGCGCAUCUUCGCGUCUCAGUUACGCAUUUUUACUAUCCACGUAGAUAACUAAAUCGGAAGAAGAAGACAGCGGAACUUGUGUUGUUUUUUCUCUUCCUGUAAAACAUCUCCGUGGUUUAACCCUCUGUCAUAUUUACGCAUUGCCUUUACCCUGUUAUUAUUUAAUAUUAUUAUUACUAUUUUUCCUUUUCCAACUAGAGACAUACUAACAGACAGAUACGCAGAGUUCAGUUGGUUUCAUAGAUAAUUAAAAAGUAUUUAUGUGUUAAUAAAACUGCCAAAUUAUUAUUAUUCCCGUUAUUUUUUAUUUCCCUGUUUAAUCUGUUUUUACUCAAUUUUGAUAAAUUCCGACCAGAGAUUUAUUUAUUUACUUAUUAUUAUUGUUAUUAUUAUUAUUUUUGUCUCCUUGUUUUCUGUACACAUACAUUAUAUAUAUUUACAUUGCCUUUUGAUACUUGUCUGUUUAUUUUCCGUUGUUUUUUGUAAAUUCCUCCACCACCACCCUUCGAAUCAUUGUAACCAUUGUAUUAAUUGAUCAAGGUGUUAAUUAUUAUUUAUUUGAAUCAUUCAAUCAAAUAUCAACAUGUCCAUACUCUUGUUCAUGAUCUCUAUCUCUCUCCGUCACUUUCGUAAAUCUCGUAUUUUUCUUCCUGAAAUCGAUCCUAAAUGUGUUGACUAUUUUAUUAUUAUUAAUAUUAACAACAAACAAUAAUAUUAAUACUAAUAAGUGUACAUUUGUUUAUUCACAUUACAUGUUCUACAUAUUUUAUUAUGGUUCCCCUUAUUUCUGUUGUAUUUUAUUCUUCACCUCCCCCACCACCACCCUGGCGUUUAUGUCUAUACUGUACAUGUUUAUUUAUUUGCAUUCAAAACAUGCAUAUAUAUAUAUAUAAAGAGAUCGCUGUAUUUUGUAUUAUGUUAUAUUUUGUGUUUGUUGUAUACCUGUUUUAUUUAGUGUGUGUGUGUGUGCGUAUGCAAAGUUUAUUUGUUAGUUUAUCAAUCAUUAAUAUACAUGCACCCAGCGAAACACCCACCAUCCCACUACUCCGGUCAAAAGUAUAUUUUUUUAUGCAUGUGUUUUAUUUGUGCUGUUCUAUUUUUGUUGCGUUGCGUUUUUGUUUCAAAUAAGAGAAAAACCUUAUCGUCUUCUAUAGAUUACAUUUGAUUAUUUGUUUACACUAUUUAUGUAUUUAUUUAUUUAUUCACAACAUUGUAUGAUGUGUGUUUUACCCCUAGAUCAAUGAAGAAACAAACCCCGGUGAAUUCUAUUACUAAUACUAAUAUUACUAAAACAACUACAAUUAUUAUUAUUCUCAUUUCUUGUUGUGUGUAUGCAAGUCGUCCUCUGUCUCUUCAUUUGUUUGUUUUCGUGUCGUUGUUUCUUCUUCUUUUUAUUAUUAUUAUUAUUAUUAUUAAAUGAGAAAGUGUUUUCUUCGAUUUAAUAUUCCUAUUGAAUGAACAAGACAAGGAAUGACCAUCCUGUGGCUAAUAAUAUCAAUUGGAUUGUAUAAUUUCUAUAUGCUUGACCAGUUAGUUAGUUAGUUGUAUGGCAUGUAAUUGAAACUACUCAUGUAUGCCUAUUUGUGUAUGUGUGUGUAUCUGUAUACGAGCGUAAUUGGCGAAUCAAAUUACAUAGUUGACUACUUCAUGUUUCUAGUGCAAUCAAAAUUAAAUUCUCUUCAUUGAACCUUUGACUGUUUAUAAAAAUAUCUGUUGUCUGUGUACACGUGUUUCUGUUUGCGUUUCCUUCAAUAUGUACAUAGACAAAUAAAAAUUCAAACCCAUCAUCAAAUGCUUUUUUACAGGUUUGAUCACGAGUUGGCAUCAGUUAGAAAAAAACCUGGGAUUACUGGCCCGUUAACUGUUUCAUCUUCGUUUAGGACUCUUCAUCAGUGUUCAUCCAUUACAGGGGGUCGAAUCUAGGGGUCUGUGGGUUACAAGGCUAGCGAGCUCGUAGACCAUUCAGCCAUUGGGACCCGAUCCAAUGGUCGACCGAUGAAUUCCAGCUUGAACUGAUUUGCGAUGUAUACAAAAUACAGGCGAGUAACUUGACUUGGUGGUUAUGACUUUUUUUGUUGUUGAUUUUUGGAAAUCAGUCUAUACUUCUAAAUUGUUAUAUGAACUGUUGCUAAGCGUAAUAUGAAGCCUUGAUUCUAUCCUAACUAGCGUUCUACCCCAAGUCUCCUCAACC